UUUCCCUGGAGGAGGUGCUGGAGAGGGCAGGACGCGUUCACGAGCUUGGGCGGUCUGUUCGACAGAAUUACAAAUAAAACAGGAGCAUAAAAAUGAGCGGAACACAGAGCAGCAACUUAAAGUUGUGUGAAGUGCAAAGUCCAGAACGCGACUCGGGUAUGAGACAAAGAGUGAAUACAAUGAUGCAAAGUCGGGACAUGAAGCGGCAGGAGACGGGAUCUGGCUGCUUUAGCGGAUUCCUCAUCUGGAUGCUCUGGUUUCAGAUCUUACUAAGCGUCACUGAGGCGGCAAAUAUUCAGAUGCAACAAAUAGAUGGACGGGAUAGGAAAACUGGACCCUCACAUUAUAUUCGACAUUUUAAGAGCACAGUGAAUCUACUGACUGAAAGAGGACCAGGUGGGAAAGCGGUUCCUUUAUUUGAAAACAACACUUUCAUUUGGAUGGAGCCGAAUGAAAGCAUGUUCAAACUAGAGGACAACGGCACAUCCAUUGUUGUGCCUAGGAAAGGCAUAUACUUUGUGAAUGUGAAAUUAAAUUUUUAUAUACCUUCUGUACGGAAUUGUUCGGGACUGUUCAUAUUGACCAAUAUUAAGAUGUACCAUUCUUCUUACAAGGAAUGGAUAAAUGUCAUAAAAAACAGAGACACAAUGCAAUGUGUGGACCACUGGUAUCAGUCUGUUACUUUAACUAAAGUGGCCAAGUUUUUGAAAGGAACAAAGUUAAGAGUUGUCAUAAACCCAGACAGCUACAAGUUUUUAAUCAGGGAUGACAGCACUUACUUCAGUGUCACUCUUUUGUAGUAUGAUUCUUACUCUAAAGUGGAACCCAAAUCUCUGUGAUAAUAUUGGAUAAAGUUGGUUGAAGUUUUCCUAAACAUGUUGCUAUUAAAAUACUUAUACACUAUAUGUGCAAAUCACAGAGUAAUAAGAGACAGUUAUGUUUUAAAAUAGUAUAUUUCUUUGUAUUUUGCUUUUAGUAGAAGGUCUUUAAACUUCAUGUUCUCAUAAGGAACUCGUAUACUGAAUAUCGUAUAUUGAUUAAAAAGUAAGGCCUUCUUGUUAGUCUCUUUUAUGAUGUUAAAUGACCAGUUGGCAAUGGACAUGUUUUAUAUUAAAACGUCUUUUUGUGUUGAUGUUCCAUUGUGAUAAAUUGACAAUUCAAUAAAAUACAAUAAUAAAUAUA